UCUGCUGGUGGGUGCUAGGGGCUGGCAGAAACCAGCAGCAACCAUGCCCUGGUGUGAAUGCCUUCACCAGGGAUGCAGCUGCUGUUCUGUGCUCUGUCAGCACCCAGGAGCACCCAAAACCACCUUUGCCCAGGCAUAUGUGGCAGAGGGUGCUCACCUGGUGCUCACCUCCCUUGUACCUGAGUCCACAAGCUCAGAAGGGAGUUUCCUCAAAUGCCUCUGGUGUGGAUGCAGCUGGCGGUGUGUUGCCAGGCACAUCUGGGGCCCAAACCAGGUAAAACGUACUCUGGGCACAAUGAAUGCCUGGCUGGUAGGUGGGAGCUGUGGCAGUGCCCAGGGCAUUGCUGCUGUGGUGUGACAUCCAACAGCCUGCUCAUAGGUUUUGCAGUGCCUGGAGGUUUCUGCCUGGGUCAUUCCCUGGUGAAAUAGUUUUUGCAGGGGAGCAGUGAUGCCACAGAAAUCUGUGAGGAAAAAUAUCUGGCCAUGUGCAUGGAGAACUGCUGUACGAGGUCCCGUUUCUUGCUCUUUCUCCAGUUCCACACUGCUAGCAGGCUGAAACAUCUAACACCUGGGAAGCCUGCUAGUCUGACACUGGAAAUGAUCCCCAACCAGCUGAAGGUCAGCUCUCCAGUUUCCAGGCAGGAAGAAGACAAAAUGGAUGGCAGGACUGGCUUUGAGCAGGACAGAGGCCAUGCCACUUCAGGGCAUGGCCAGGGGCUGAAUUCGGAGCCCUAUUUCCAGACUGACUCUCUCUUGCCUUCCUCCAAUGCAUCCCUCAUAUCACAGUUCCUCAGCCACCCGAUGUUUGGCAGGAGCCUGGAUUCCACCAUCCUUUUCCCUUCCUCUCAGGCAGUUGCCCUGCCUCAGGACAAGUGUGGUGCAUCUCCUGGAGAAGGAGCACAAGCCCUGGCUUUCCCCAGGACCCGUGCCUCGGCUCCCAUGCCCUGUGCUGGUGAUGGGGACCAGCUCUCCAACCAGCACCUACGAGCCAAGAGGGCCAGGGUGGAGAGCAUCAUCCAAGGCAUAAGCCUCCCACCAACCCCUCAGGCAUUUGACACCAGCCUGGAGGCAGCUUUUAGGCAUGAGAGGGAGAGAGGUAGUGAGAUACCCCCGGAGAACAAGAGGAAGCCGAGGGUGCCCCAGCAGGGCCUGGGGGUGGCUGGACAAGUGGCCCCCAUGGGUGGCAGCUCUCAUGCCAAGGGCUGCCAGCAGCUGAAGGAGCAGCUCUGCUUUUUAGAGCAGCAGCUGAGGCGGCUUCAGGAAAAGUUCUACCAGGUCUAUGACUCUGCAGAUGCUGCUCAAACCCAGGAAGAUUCCGAGAAAGUGCAGCCACUUCCUGAAAGGCCUAGAGACAGACUGGAUAAGGACAGUGCCACUGUCACCAGCAACCCCUGCAAAGCACCUCUCUGGAGGAGCAUCCUGGAGGUGUGUGGGCUGGAGGAGGACGAGGACAAAUAUGAUGCAGGUGGCCUGCCCAUGGCAGUGAGGGUCCUCUCGCAGGCACUGAAGCAUGAGCUGGCCGGGGUAACGUCCCAGGUGGUAGACUCUGUCCUGAAGACUGUCUGGCCGAAGGCAGCCAGCCACCUCCAGCAGCAGCACAACAGCUGCCUGGUGCUGAGGCCAGAUGCCAGGAGAGAGUAUUUUACUGGUGGGAAAUGCAGAAAGCCACUUGCUAAGCCAUCUCCCAUGAAUGCACCAGGCUCACUGGGCUCAGCUCAGGCUAAAGUCCUGCCAGGAACUUUGGAGAAGAGCCCGGGCUCUCAUGCUGGCUCCUUCAGUUCAAAGGGCAUCAGAAAAUCCUCUCAGAUACCCAGCAUGGGUUAUUCACUGGGCCCGGUCACCCCUGACCAGGACAGCCAGCUGUUGAGCCAGCUGUUGGACUAUGGCCAGCACAGCCUCUGGGGCACCGACUCUCGUGGGAGCCCAUCUGCUCUGGAGAGGUGUCCUCCAGAGCCCCUCAGCUUACACUGGGGAACCGUCAAACUGAGGUCAUCGGUCGUGAGACAGCAGCAGCACCAUCCCCUACCCCUGAGCCCUGCCAACAUGGAGAGUCUGGCACUGCUGCCGGCUGGCAGGGAUGGCCACAGCGACCUGCCAGCUGUGAUGGAUGGAGCACCCUUUGCCUCGACUCAGAUAUCCUUUAGGGCCUGUGCCCUGCUGCCAGGUUGUGGGGAGGAGUUGUCAUGGGCACUGGGUAUGUGUGUGUCAGGGCUGGUGCUCAGGGACACGCUGAGCUGGGGGGCUGCUGCGUGCAGGUUUUCCUUGACCCCAAGGCAGAUGCAGGAGGCGCUGACCCCUGGCCACCUGAAGAAGGCCAAGCUGAUGUUUUUCUUCACUCGCUACCCCAGCUCCACUCUGCUGAAGACCUACUUCCUUGAUGUGCAGUUCAGCCGCUGCAUCACCUCCCAGCUCAUCAAGUGGUUCAGCAACUUCCGUGAGUUUUACUACAUCCAGGUGGAGAAGUUUGCCCGACAGGCCCUGCUAGAGGGUGUUGCGGAUGCUUGCACCCUCCAGGUCUCCCGCGACUCAGAGCUUUUCCGUGCCCUUAACAUGCACUAUAACAAGGGGAACGACUUUGAGGUGAGGAGGGGGAGCUGGGGGAUAGGGAUGGUGGGGUUUAGGGGUAAGGAGGAGCCAGGAACGUGGUGGUGCCAUGGGCUGAUGCCCAUCUUGCUGCAGGUGCCAGGGCGGUUCCUGGAGGUGGCCAGUCUGACGCUGCAGGAGUUCUUCAGUGCUGUCAGGGCGGGCAAGGACGCCGACCCCUCCUGGAAGAAACCUAUUUACAAAAUCAUUUCUAAACUGGACAGCGACAUCCCGGAAGGGUUCAAAGCUGCUGGCUGCUCCCAGGAACUGCUCCACAGCUGAGUCUCUGUGAAAGCAGCCCCAGGUCCUGUGUGCAGCCAUCAUGCGUUUAGUACCUCAUGGGCACUGUGCACGGCAUACGUUAUUCAGAGUACUCUCUCUCUGACCUGUAAGACAGCUCCUUGCUUGAGGCCUGUCACUUGCCUCAGGAGCUGGGAUUUUAUGCUGUGUUUUCUAUUCCCCUGCUCAAAGCCAGUGGGGACCUGCAGAAGGAAGAGACAGAGAUGAAGCCAUCAGGUUGGAGCCUGGGAAGUUGCCCUCCCCCAGCUCUCCCCGUGACCUUGGCUGAGCACCUUCCUUCUCUCUUCCAGAGGGCCACAGACCAGAGCAAACAGACCUGCUGUUUAUAAAGCAGACAGAUGUCCUAGUAGUGGGCAGAGUUUUCUUGGCACAGCAGACUGGUGGAUGAGCCUGGUCCAACAGCACAACUCAGUUUCUGUCCAGAUACAACACACCAGUGUCCAAAGAAAACAGCUGGUGAAUUCCAGCAUUUCAAGCACCCCAAGGGGAUAGCUGACUCUGUCUGGGAGAUGUAAAACCAGUGUUUAUUGUAGCCAGCACAAACAACAUUCCCCCCUGCCUCUCCUGUGCUGUCUGACAGGAGUUUGACACACCUCAAACAGCUGUGUACUGUGGCCAAGCAGUUGAGUGUGUGCUGGUUGCAGGACUGACUGCUUCCCAGCAGUGUUAUCCGUGAUGCUGGAAGAGAGCAGGGUGCAUGGCUGGCACCGCUCAGCACUGCAAACAGCCCCUAUCAGCCUGGGAGGACCUGGGAGAACAGUCCCACAUUAAAAACUCACCCAUGUCCCCUCACAUCACGUUUCUGCAGGCAAAACUGCCCCAAGUAUCUCUACUUUGCAACAUGUCCAUGAUGAAAGAGAAGCAUGCUAUUUGGGACCCAUCAGUCCCUAUGGGUUUAAUACAAGCUGGGGAGCUGGGCCCUGAGAUCUGCAGCCCCAUUGAUGUAGUAGGUGUAAACCCAAAGAGGUUUCUUUACCCUGUGACCAGGACUCAGUGGCCACUUUUCCAUGUGAUAGAGCAUGGCAAAGCAUUUUCUGUUAAGGGCUCUCUAAUCCUGACAGAGGCGGCAAUGGGGAGGGAAAGGCUGUGAAGAGGAGGGAGGUCCUGGGAGAGGCACAGCAGGGAGAGCAGCGAUGUGUAACUGUGGAUGAGGAACAACAUACACAUGCAAAACUCCCAAGGAGAAGAAGACUGGGAGGAGGCCAAGAUGAUUUUGGGUGUGCUGCAGUGUCAGCUGUGUACUAGUGCACAGCAAGUGACUCGGGAGAGAAAAAUCACAGCUCUGGUAUCAGAAGAGUGCAUGGGGUGAUCUGUAGGCAGGGCAUCUGCAGGAGUAAGGAAGUGUGUGGUAUCAUCAGGGCAUGAUGAGAAGGCUCUGGAAUAGGGGCAGUUUUACAGUGGUUCCCCCCAUGGCGAGUGUGGCCACCCAGAUUUCCUGCCUCUGUUUGUAUGUUUAUUUCUUCAAGUUUGUAUAUUUUACAACAUCAAAUUUACUUGACUAAUUUUUAAAUAAACACAUGGUGUACAUUA